AUGGAGGUCGAGCCUGGAAGUCUAGAUAUCCAGACCCCCCACCUCACUUGUGCACGUUCUCUACAACAACGGACGUCUCCCUUGCCCUCCAACGAGUGCCUAAUGUUGUGUGCCGGUCUAGAUGGCUCUAACUCCUCUGAGUGUCUUGUCGUGUCUCACCCAGUGAUUGGUUGUCUGGACGCGGUUCUUGUGUUAUGUUAG